UUGAAUCACUUUUCACGCAGAGACCGCGUGUGGGAGAGCAGGAGGUGCUUCCUGCGGCUCAUUAAUUUCACAUUAAAAAGGUCCAUCAUGGCGGGAUGCAUCAGUCAAGCAAACGUGAAGUUUUCGAACAUUUUCCGUAAGGGAACCAGCAUGUACAGGGACCUGGCCCAGGAUCAGGAUCAGAUUGUUGAUGAUCAUGAGGUCUCGGUGGAGCUCAAGUCCUCGGCUGAAGAGGGAGAAGUGGGUGACUCUUUCGUUCGCACACAGCAGAAGUCUCAUGGGAAGUGGAGCAACGUGGCAAAGAUUGCUGUUAUGGUUCUCUUCUUUUUUAUCACUGGAUUUCUUGUUGGUUAUAUGACACCCCAUAAACCUGAUGUCAGCGUGAACACUGAAGGUCCUGCGCACACUGAAGGUCCUGCGCACACUGAAGGUCCUGCGCACACUGAAGGUCCUGCGCACACUGAAGGUCCUGCGCACACUGAAGGCAAAUACACUCAGCCCUUUGCGGACUGGAGCAGCAUCACGAGGACGCUGAAAGAGAAACUCACAAAUGCAACCUUGAACAAAACCUUAGAAGAGUUUUCCUCUCGGGACCAUGAGGCUGGCAGCGCAGAAGAUCACAGACUGGGGCAGAUGGUGUUGGAGAAGUUCGGGAGGUUUGGCAUGGACAAGUGGAUGGACGUGCACUACGUGAAGCUGCAGAUGCCGUCGAGGGAGAAUAAAGUGUUUAUCGGGUCGGAGGAGGUUGGAAGCCCAAAGGGGUAUUUAGCAUACAGCGCGACAGGAACCAAACAGGGGAAGGUGGUGUACGCUAACUAUGGCCGAAGAGAAGAUCUGGAGAACCUCCAGAAUCAGGGGAUGAGUCUGGCUGAGAACAUUGCUCUGGUUAGAGCUGGAAACAUCAGCCUGGCAGAGAAGGUUGCGAACGCUGCUCAGUUUGGCCUAGCUGCGGUUCUGAUCUAUCGGGAGCCGAAAGGUGAGAGUGAAAACACUGAGCUGUAUGGCCAGGUUCACCUCGGAACUGGAGAUCCUUACACUCCGGGAUUUCCUUCCUUCAACCACACCCAGUUUCCUCCAUCUAAAUCCUCUGGGCUUCCUAAGAUCGUGGCUCAGACCAUCACUGCGGAAACAGCUCGCAAAAUCCAUCAGAGGAUGGGAGGAAAGGAAGCGCCCACAAAUUUCGCAGGAACGCUGUCGGGCGUCAAAUACACUAUGGGAGGAGAAACGACUGUCACCGUGACGGUUAAUAACGUCCUCGUUGACACCAAGAUCUGUAAUGUCUUCGGAGUCAUUAAGGGCUUCACAGAUCCAGAUCGCUACGUGGUGCUCGGUGCUCAGAGAGACGCGUUCAGCAGUGGAUUUGCUAAGUCCACUGUCGGCACGUCACUGCUGCUGGAGCUCGCUAGGGCCAUCACGGACAUGAAGAAAGAUGGGUUUAAGCCGAGAAGGAGCAUUGUGUUUGCCAGCUGGAGUGCCGGAGAUUUCGGCAGCAUCGGUUCUACAGAGUGGCUCGAGGGUUAUCUCUCCUCACUGAACCUCAGAGCUUUCACCUACAUCAGCCUGGACUCCACCGUGUCCGGUAUAAAGCAGUUCAAAGCCUCCUCCAGUCCGCUGUUGCACACGCUCCUGAAGAAAACAAUGGCUGAGGUGCCCAGUCCCCGGAACAGUUUGCUUACCAUCGCUCAGGAUUUCACCACCUCACCAGGGCAUAAAUCAGUUCUGGAGCCCAUGAAAAUGGAGGACGGCGCUUACCCUUUCCUGGCGUUCUCUGGAAUUCCCUCCAUCUCCUUCCGUUUUGUCUCAGACAGCGAGUCUUCAGAUUAUCAAUACUCUGGAACACCUCUAGACACCAGAGAAAAUCUGAACAGCGCCACCGAGGGGAAUCUUCUGUCCGUCUCUGUGUCUGCGGCUCGGGUGGCAGGACAGAUGGCGCUCCGGCUCAUCCACGAUCACAUCCUCAAUCUGGACGUCAACGAGUACACGCGCGUCUUCAGGAAGAAUGUGUUCAGGAUCACAAAGGAGCGCGUUACAGCACUGAAAUCUAAUGCGUCCUCCACAUUAAAUGUCUCGUGGCUGUCGUCAGCGAUCGGCUUGUAUUCUCGCGCCACUUCAGCUCUGCAGAAUGAGAUCCAAAACAGUGACCUGGACGUUGCAGAAACAUGCCGCAACAUCAACGACCGCAUCAUGAGGGUGGAGCACAACCUCUUGUCUCCAUACGUCUCCCCGAGGGACGUCCCGUUCCGCCACAUCAUCUUCGGCUCUGGUGAUUACAGCAUCAGUGCUCUGCUCCAGCACUUCAGCUCCCUCAAACAGCAGGCCAUCGGUUCUGACGCCGAUCUGUUCCGUAACCAGUUUGCGCUGAUUACCUGGACCAUCCAGAGCUGCGCUAAUGACCUAGCGGGAGACGUCUGGGUUCUGGACGACCUCGUCUGAUCACCAGUGUCUCACCGCGAGGCCUGGCGAGCUUAAAAUGUUGAUCAUUACUGAAACAUUUUGUUUGAAAACAAUGUUUUAAUGAUCAACAUUUUAAGUGAAUUUAAAAAAAAAUAAUUACAGGUAAUAAUCUACUGCUAAUGUGAGAAAUUUGAUUAAUUACAUUAUUAACCCAACAUUUGCAUGGCAGUUUAGACAAGUCAUUAGAGCUGGGCGAUGUGAUUUCCAACAAAUACCUCAUCAGCUGUUUACCUGCUGCUUUUAGAACCCAAACAAGACGAUUAACCUGACUUUUUUUUUUUUUUUUGUGGCUGCUGGAGGGGCUUGAGAUUUGAACUUGAGUUCAAAUUUCUUCAGUUCAUUUGGUUUUGUUUUGAUUGUUUAUCGUUACUGAUUCCAAGUAUUGCGAUAUUUGUUGCCAUAUUGCCCAGCCUUAAGGUCAUGUAUUUAUUACUGAAUCCUGCUGAAUAUCUUUACUUGAUGAACCUGUGUUUUAGUUUCAGUCGGAUAAUCUGAUAUUAACCAGGAAUUCCUGCUGUUUUUUAAUAAUAUGCGAUAAAUAUAAACUAUUUAUCAGGGAUGCAAACAGCGCGCCUUUUGGCGGAUGCCGCCUUUUUCAUGGCUGAAUCGCGCAGAUCCGAAUUUUUUUUUAGGGCGGGGCGUUGGAGUGUCUGAUUAUAAUUUCAAAGUAAAUUC